CCGUAUUAACUCAAACACAUUACACCGGAAUCUCUUUCUCUCUUCCCGCCGGCAGAUCAACUGUGACCCAGCCCCAGCCCCAGCCCCAGCCCCAGCCCCAGCCCCAGCCUCACAUAAUGGCUUGGGUACUGACUCUCGCCAUCCUCAUCUUCACAACGGCCGUCUCCGCCGCGGCUAUAUCUCCACCGAAUUACCAUUCGAUUAGAUUCGUAAACAACACCAGUAGUAGAGGCAACGCCAUGAUCUUGCCCCUGUUUUUCAAGCAGCGCAACAGCAACCGCAUCAACGAGGACUAUUUCACCCGCCGCCGUCUCCACGCGCGCACCAUCCCAAAUGCUCGCAUGUCUCUCCAUGACGAUCUCCUCCUCAACGGGUAUUACACGACUCGGCUGUGGAUCGGAACGCCGCCGCAGCAGUUUGCCCUCAUAGUUGACACUGGCAGUACUGUUACUUAUGUUCCUUGCUCGACUUGUCAACAGUGUGGAAAGCAUCAGGAUCCAAGGUUCAAGCCGGAAUCAUCGAGCACCUAUGAACCUCUAAAGUGCAACAUUGAUUGCAGUUGUGAUAGUAAUAGAGAACAAUGUAUUUACGAAAGGAAUUAUGCUGAAAUGAGUUCUAGCAGUGGUGUCUUGGGAGUAGACAUAAUUUCAUUUGGCAAUCAAAGUGAUCUACAACCGCAACAAGCUACUUUUGGAUGUGAGAAUAUGGAAACAGGGGAUCUUUACAGCCAACAUGCUGAUGGGAUAAUGGGUUUAGGUCGUGGAGAUCUUAGUAUCGUGGAUCAGCUUGUUGAGAAAGGUGUAAUCAGUGAUUCAUUUUCGUUGUGCUAUGGUGGAAUGGAUGUCGGUGGUGGUUCAAUGGUUCUUGGAGGAAUUUCCUCCCCUAAGGAGAUGGCUUUUACCCAUUCAGACCCUGUUCGCAGUCCAUAUUACAAUAUCGAGCUGAAUGAGAUUCACAUUGCUGGGAAAAAGCUGCCCCUGAAUCCCAAGGUUUUUGAUGGCAAACAUGGAACUGUUCUGGAUAGUGGCACAACCUAUGCUUAUCUUCCGCAAGCAGCAUUUGAAGCCUUUAAAGCCGCUAUUUUAAAGGAAACCCGGUCCCUCAAAAGAAUACAAGGUCCUGACCCUAACUACAAUGAUAUCUGCUUCGCAGGUGCUGGAAGUGAUCCUGCACAACUUUCAAAAGCCUUCCCGUCUGCUGAAAUGGUGUUUAGCAAUGGACAGAAGCUGGUGUUGGCCCCCGAAAAUUAUCUCUUCAGGCACUCAAAGGCACAUGGUGCGUACUGUCUCGGGAUAUUUCAGAAUGGAAAGGAGUCAACCACUCUUUUGGGAGGUAUAAUUGUCAGAAAUACACUUGUAACAUAUGACCGUGAACAUGAAAAAGUUGGUUUCUGGAAAACCAAUUGCUCCGAGUUAUGGGAGAGACUCCACUUGUCGCCUGCCUCGCCACCUCUUCCUUCAGACACAGAUGAGGUGAACUCGACCACAGGCAUAUCUCCUAAUCUUGCGCCAACUGGAUCCCCUCAACCCCAAGCUCCUGGGGAAGUUAAGAUUGGCCUGAUAAAAUUCUCCAUGCUGUUGACCAUCAACUACACAGAGCUGAAGCCUCACAUCGCGGAACUCGCUCAGCUCAUUGCAAAGGAUUUAGAUGUUAAGCCUUCUCAGGUUAAACUGACAAACUUCUCUUCUGGGGGGAAUGAGACACUAUUAAGAUGGGCUAUUUUUCCUGCACAUUAUGAUGAUUAUAUCUCUAAUGCUACUGCUAUGAAAAUUGUAUCCAGGUUGAGUGGAAAUCAGUUGCAUCUCCCUGAUAGUUUUGGAAGCUACAAAUUGUCUGAAUGGAGCUUGGAACCGCCACCUGAGAGGACAAGGUGGCGACAACAUUACUUGGCUUUCGUCAUAGCAUUCGCUGUAGUGAUUGUAAUUGGAAUGCUGGCAUCUGGGGGAUGGUUUAUCUGGAGGAGGAACCGGAACCUGGCCGAAGUCCUGUACAAGCCUGUUGAUACGGUUGUAGCAGAGCAGGAACUCCAGCCUUUGCAGAACUAGAGAAGUGAAUUUUGGUUUGAUACUCAGCUUGUGACUGACUUGUACCUCUGAUUCGUUUUGCUCUGGUAGCAAUGGGAUUCAUUUAAAGGUGAUAUUGUAGAUUAGAAAUUUAAGGCGGUGGAACCCUUGCGAUGAGCAUGCAAUUCAUUCUGUGGCCACAUCUGUGUAUAGCAGAAUAUCAUUUCAGCAACCUCUGUCUUUAAGGUGAAUUCUUGUUUUUAUAAAUAUUGAAUGUGUAGUAGUCACAUGAACAUUUUUAUAACAUCAAUGAAUAAGUAAUGUUGAAAA